UACAUAUCCAACACAUGCAGCUGCCAAGUGGGUGAUUUAUUUAGCUAUUUGUUCAUGAGUGGGAAUCUUAGGCUAUAAAAUGAGUUGUCUGAUGUGAAGUUGUUAUUCGUAUCUAGAAACACCAUGAGUCGUCGUCUCAGGCUGGGUGCUCUGAUCUUGCUGGCAUGUUGCAUGUCUACAGGAGCAGAGACGACAGACAUCUGUGAAGCUCAGCAGGCCACCCUGAACUGUGGGAGUUCUGUGAUCAACGUGGUCAGUGCUAACUAUGGACGCACAGACAGUGUGACCUGCAUCUCUGGUCGUCCAGCCAAUCAGAUUAGCAAGACCGACUGCAUCAACCCCAAAACCUUCCAGUUGGUGGCUAGCAUGUGCAAUGGAAAGACAAGCUGUUCCCUGGUUGCCUCCAACUCUGUGUUCUCUGAUCCAUGUUUUGGAACCUACAAAUACCUGAAAGUUACCUACACCUGCAUUCCCCCAAUUUCAGAGACGACAGACAUCUGUGAAGCUCAGCAGGCCACCCUGAACUGUGGGAGUUCUGUGAUCAACGUGGUCAGUGCUAACUAUGGACGCACAGACAGUGUGACCUGCAUCUCUGGUCGUCCAGCCAAUCAGAUUAGCAAGACCGACUGCAUCAACCCCAAAACCUUCCAGUUGGUGGCUAGCAUGUGCAAUGGAAAGACAAGCUGUUCCCUGGUUGCCUCCAACUCUGUGUUCUCUGAUCCAUGUUUUGGAACCUACAAAUACCUGAAAGUUACCUACACCUGCAUUCCCCCAAUUUCAGAGACGACAGACAUCUGUGAAGCUCAGCAGGCCACCCUGAACUGUGGGAGUUCUGUGAUCAACGUGGUCAGUGCUAACUAUGGACGCACAGACAGUGUGACCUGCAUCUCUGGUCGUCCAGCCAAUCAGAUUAGCAAGACCGACUGCAUCAACCACAAAACCUUCCCGUUGGUGGCUAGCAUGUGCAAUGGAAAGACAAGCUGUUCUCUGGAUGCCUCCAACUCUGUGUUCUCUGAUCCAUGUUUUGGAACCUACAAAUACCUGAAAGUUACCUACACAUGCAUUCCCCCAAUUUCAGAGACGACAGACAUUUGUGAAGCUCAGCAGACCACCCUGAACUGUGGGAGUUCUGUGAUCAACGUGGUCAGUGCUAACUAUGGACGCACAGACAGUGUGACCUGCAUCUCUGGUCGUCCAGCCAAUCAGAUUAGCAAGACCGACUGCAUCAACCCCAAAACCUUCCCGUUGGUGGCUAGCAUGUGCAAUGGAAAGACAAGCUGUUCCCUGGUUGCCUCCCACCAUGUGUUCUCUGAUCCCUGUAUUGGAACCUACAAAUACCUGAAUAUUGCCUACACCUGCAUUCACCCAAUUUCAGAGACGACAGACAUCUGUGAAGCUCAGCAGGCCACCCUGAACUGUGGGAGUUCUGUGAUCAACGUGGUCAGUGCUAACUAUGGACGCACAGACAGUGUGACCUGCAUCUCUGGUCGUCCAGCCAAUCAGAUUAGCAAGACCGACUGCAUCAACCCCAAAACCUUCCCGUUGGUGGCUAGCAUGUGCAAUGGAAAGACAAGCUGUUCCCUGGUUGCCUCCCACCAUGUGUUCUCUGAUCCCUGUAUUGGAACCUACAAAUACCUGAAUAUUGCCUACACCUGCAUUCACCCAAUUUCAGAGACGACAGACAUCUGUGAAGCUCAGCAGGCCACCCUGAACUGUGGGAGUUCUGUGAUCAACGUGGUCAGUGCCAACUAUGGACGCACAGACAGUGUGACCUGCAUCUCUGGUCGUCCAGCCAAUCAGAUUAGCAAGACCGACUGCAUCAACCCCAAAACCUUCCCGUUGGUGGCUAGCAUGUGCAAUGGAAAGACAAGCUGUUCUCUGGAUGCCUCCAACUCUGUGUUCUCUGAUCCGUGUUUUGGAACCUACAAAUACCUGAAAGUUACCUAUACAUGCAUUCCCCCAAUUUCAGAGACGACAGAUAUUUGUGAAGCUCAGCAGGCCACCCUGAACUGUGGGAGUUCUGUGAUUAACGUGGUCAGUGCUAACUAUGGACGCACAGACAGUGUGACCUGCAUCUCUGGUCGUCCAGCCAAUCAGUUUAGCAAGACCGACUGCAUCAACCCCAAAACCUUCCCGUUGGUGGCUAGCAUAUGUGAUGGAAAGACGAGCUGUUCCCUGAUUGCCUCCCACUAUGUGUUCUCUGAUCCCUGUAUUGGAACCUACAAAUACCUGAAUGUUGCCUACACCUGCAUUCCCCCAAAGACGACAAACAUCUGUGAAGCUCAGCAGACCACCCUGAACUGUGGGAGUUCUCUGAUCAACGUGGUCAGGGCUAACUAUGGACGCACAGACAGUGUGACCUGCAUCUCUGGUCGUCCAGCCAAUCAGAUUAGCAAGACCGACUGCAUCAACCCCAAAACCUUCCCGUUGGUGGCUAGCAUGUGCAAUGGAAAGACAAGCUGUUCCCCGGUUGCCUCCCACUCUGUGUUCUCUGAUCCCUGUAUUGGAACCUACAAAUACCUGAAUGUCACCUACACCUGCAUUCCCCCAAUGACGACAGUCAUCUGUGAAGGUCAGACGACCUCCCUAAACUGUGGGAGUUCUCUGAUCAAGGUGGUCAGUGCUAACUAUGGACGCACAGACAGUGUGACCUGCAUAUCUGGUCGUCCAGCCAAUCAGAUUCGCAAGACCGACUGCAUCUUUUCCACAACCUUCCAGAUGGUGGCUACCAUAUGCAAUGGAAAGACAAGCUGUUCUCUGGAUGCCUCCAACUCUGUGUUCUCUGAUCCCUGUCCUGGAACCUACAAAUACCUGGAUGUGACCUACAUCUGCGUUCCCACAAUGAGUAUUGUUGCGUAGAAGGAGAGCUCCAUCCCUGGAACAGACUUGACCCGGGGGUGAACCUGUUUCAAGGACGAAGACUAAUUCAACAUUGAAUAAAUUCCUCCAUUCACUUGUA